CCCAACUAAGCGGAAAUGCACAGGCAAGCUUGAAGAAGGAAACAGAAAGGUUUGAAGACGACAUGUCUGAACUGUCACUUUACCUCACAAACGUCAAUGUGUCUCUGGGACAAACUAUGGACACAGAAAAGAGCGCUACUGUGGUGAAGGAUUUCGAAAAUGUGGAACUUGGAGAUUUGGGAAAGAAGCGGACAAAGAUUCCUCGCAGAACAAUCUACUUUGCCAGUGGUGAAACAAUGGAGGAAUACAGUACAGAUGAGGAAGAAGAGGAAGAGACGAGCCAAAAGAGCACCCAGUUAAGUCCAGUUGAUACUUCCAAAUUGACUUGGGGUCCAUAUUUCUGGUUCCAAAUGUGGAGGGUGGCCACCUCUACUAUCUCAGUUUGUGACUAUCUUGGUGAGAGAAUGGCAUCACUGCUGGGAAUUACCUCACCAAAAUAUCAAUAUGCAAUUGAUGAAUACUACAGAAUGAGGAAGGAGGAGGAAGAAGAGGAGGAGGAAAACCAUCUCUCUGAGGAGGCAGAGCGUCGUUUUGAUGAGCAGCUCGGUCAGGAGAACCAACAACCAAAAAUUGAGCAACCAGAAGCAACUGCUUCUUUUGUGAAUGUGACCUUUGAACUCGAACAAGAAUCGCAUACACCAUCUGAUGCAAACAAAUUGCCUGCCCUUAUUCCCUCCUAAAAUACUGUAUAAUUGUUUGAUUAUAUCAAACAAUUUUACAUUAUUUUCCAAUAUGUAGGUACAAGUUUUGCUUUUUUCAGCAUACCUGAAGUUGGCAUUUGAAUAUGAAGGUAACAUGCUGUUUAUGCAUUGCUGACAAAAGGUCUUGCUUGAAUGCAAACCUUAUUUAACAUUUCAUAAAGCCAUACACUGAUCUUUCAAUACAGAAGUAGUCACUACAACAAUUCUUUGUACAUUUUGCAAUUAAAAACACUAUAUCAGCUGCAUGGAUCACCGAUCUCCAAGGUGCUGUCGAUACUAGGAAUUAGUUAUUAUAUUUAACAUUUUUUGUGUUUGUUUGGAUGUUUUGAGUUGCUGAAAAUAGUUUUAAGUGAUCAUACAUGAUCCCCUUUCUCUUUAUUAGGUCAUAUAAUUGUAAUUUUUCUAACAAAAUACCCCUGUUAUUAUGAACACGGUAUUUUUGUGUUGUGCACAUUGAGGAGUUAAAUCUCUCUCUUGAAAACACAAAAGCAUUUUAUUUUGAAAAAUUGUAUAAUUUAUUUGUCAUCAAUAUUUUUUAUUACACAAGUGAAAAUAUACCUACUUUUAUAUAUCGUAGGUCAAAUAAAAUACAAUUCUUUUUGUACAUAACAAUACUUAAUAAACAUUUCAAUAUACAACCAA